AUGGAAGGGGAUCCGCGUAUUUAUAAGGAAAAGAGAGGGGAGAAACUCGAGGCGCCAUCAUUAGGUCUAUUCGGGCCUAAACGGGCCUCGAAAUCCGCCCUAAAAACCCAGCGGACCCUCGCGGCGUUUCAACUUCUCGAUUCAUCUAGAAUUCGAGCGACAACUCCACCGUCAAACUCCACAACCACCACACCCUCUUCUUCUCCUCCGCCGCCACCCACUAUUCCCACAUUUCCUCCUCCGUCUUCUCCCUCUACACCUUCUGCUCUUCAUCCAUCUCCACCCAAUCUAUCUACGCCGGGAUCUUCACCUCCUCUUCCUCAGCCGUCUCCACCCGCUCCAACUACACCGGGAUCUCCUCCUGCACCUAUCACUCCUCCUGGAUCCCCUACUCUAAACCCUCCAUCAUCCUCAGGACCACCGUCCAAUCCCUCAAGUGGCGGCGGCGGAGGACCUCCUCGAACUCCAUCUUUGCCGUCUCCGCCGUCUUCUUCUUCUGAUGGAUUAUCAACAGGAGUGGUGAUCGGAAUCGCCAUCGGAGGAGUCGCUCUGCUUGUAAGAAGAAACGAAGAAGAGACGAAGAAGAUGCUUACUACGUUCCUCCUCCACCACCUCCUAGUCCCAAAGCUGGAGGACCUUACGGUGGACAACAGCAACAAUGGCGGCAACAAAACGCAACACCACCGUCACCGUCAGUUCAUGUCGUGACGUCACUACCACCGCCACACAUCGUAUCACGUUCUAUAUUGGUACGGGCUUAAUAAUGCAAAAAACUCGGACAAAAUAAGAAGACAGCCCAACAGAUUGAGAGAAAAAGUUAAUGAAACAGUGAGUUUCAUUUGACAGGGUACACGUGUCAAUACUACGUUAAACGACUUAAUGACGUGGCAUCUUAGGUGUCUUUCACCAGGAGAGAAGAAACAUUACUUUAUAUAUAUAGAAGAUAAUACAAAAAUAAUUUAUACUAAGAACAUUUAUAAAACUUGUCAAUAAAAUAAAUAAAUAAAUUUAAUUUAAUUUUAUGUAAAGUUUACAUGUUUUGUUAAUAAUCUAUUGGUAUUAUCUAUUGAAAUUUUUU